GUGUGUACUUGUCCAGCUACCUCACUCCUUCGGUCCUGCUCUUCGAACUGAUUGACUGGCUGUCUGACUGACCGAUUGACUGGCUGAUUAAUUAACUGACUGGUCGACUAACUGGUUGUCUAACUGACUAGCUGUAUAACUAAUUGACUGACUAGUUGUCUAACUGACUGGCUGUGUAAAUGACGGACUGGCUGUCUAACUGACUGUCUGAUUGACUGACUAGCUGUACACUCAAGUGCCCAACGAAGCGAAGCUCUCUCAGUUCAUAGCCUUCAGUAUUCAGUCCGGUUUUCUGAGCCUCACCGGCCAUGGGGACAAUGUUGCCAAAUGAGCCCACCUCGCUUCGAGAACUCCAGUCCAGCCUCGGCCUGCUGGGGAUGAACGCCCCGCUAGGCUUGGGCACGCAGCAGAGUCAGCAACUCCCUCUGCUGCUCCUGAACCUGCUAGCUUCCGUGGUCCCACUGGGCUUUGCGAACCCAGCGCAGUCCGCUAGUCUCGAGCAGAUCCAGCCGCUGUUGACGGAGAACCUUCAGUCAAUUACUGAGAUGAAUAGGAACCUUUUCGAUGUGGUGGAGGCGAUGCAAGGCCGCCGGGGCGAGACUAAAGAGAGAUGCCGGGAGAAGAAACUUAAAAUUAAAGACGGGAAUCUCGCGAGGGGGUUCCUCGACAUGCAUGAUUCCUCGCUCGCCCUACAGAUGGCGCUGUCCGAGCAUCAGCUGGAUAUGAACCCUGGCAAAGAAGUGAGAGGCCUCAUCGACAUGAUCCGAGCGGAGGCCGAGCAGCAGCAGCGACGCCUCAGGUCUUUGAGAGAAGAACAAGAAGAGGAGGAAGAGGAAGGACCGCCUGCGGGGUGCGAGGAGCCCUACUUCGCCCUGGGGAAGGAGUGCUUCUUCCUCGCCCAAGAGCCGAAGAAGAGCUGGCACGAUGCCCGAGACGCGUGUGAGGCGCGGGGCACGCACUUGGCACGCCCCAGAGAUGUGCGGAAGCUGGUCGCGAUGUUGCAGGACUUCCCCGGCAGGUACAACCGCGUGUGGAUCGGCGCCAGCGACGAGGCGCGGGAGGGCGAGUGGGAGUGGCUCUCCGGCGAGUCCCUGGAGCGGCCCAACUGGCGCCCCGGGCAGCCCAGCAACAGGAGCAAGGACGGCGGCGAACAGGACUGCCUCUCGCUGGUGACCAACAACAACCCCGAUUCCACCAUGGACGAUCAGUCGUGCGAGCUGAGGAAGGCCUACUUGUGCGAGAUGGAUUUGGAGUGUUAG